AUGUUCAAGCUCACCGCUCUCCUCGUCGCAACCGCCGCUCUCGUCGCUGCCCAGGGCACUGCGGAUGUUCCCGAGUGUGUGCUCACCUGCAGCACCAAUGCUCUCGAGGGCUCUGGCUGCACGUCCAUCACCGACACGUGCAUCUGUACCUCGACAGAAUUCCAGACUGCUGCUCUUGCCUGCUUGACCGCCAACUGCACGGCAACCGAACAACAAGCUGCCCUCACCCUUCAGUCAACGCUCUGCGGUAACAGCACCUCUGGAACUGCAAGCGGAACUGCAUCUGCCACUGGCUCUGCAAACGGAACUGCCUCUGCUACGGGCUCGCACACCACCCCGCACGGUUCGACCACCGGCACCCAGGCCAGCACGAGCGCGUCCUCCACCUCGUCUCCAGGUGCUGGCUUCCACACCGCGUCCAUGGCCACUGGCGCUGCUCUCGCCCUCUUUGGCGCUGCCGUCUCGCUCUUCUAA